ACGGCGGCCAUGCCAAGCUACCUCUCCUCUCACGAAAACUCAAACUGCAGAAAAACCCAAAUUUUAGAGAGAGAAAUUAGCAGCAGAUUUAGAGAGAGAAAACAGUCCUUUAGCAAAUACAGUAGUAGCAGUAAAAAGCCAGCCCAUCCUCUUCAUAAAGCAACAACAACAACAACAAAAAUAUCCCCAAUUCUCUCUCCUCUGCUGUUAGUUACUCUUCCCUUAGAUUUCGACAAAAUUGAAUCGAAAAAUGCUUCGUUUUCUGCUGGUUCAGCUGCUACUGUUACUUGGUAUUUCCUGCUUUUCUGGGAAAGCAGCUGUAUCGUUGUUGGAGGAGAGAGAAAGAGUAAGAGAAAGAGGGGCUCUCCUGGAGUUCAAAUCCUUGGUCUCUGAUCCGUCCAGAAUCCUUUCUUCCUGGGUUUCAACCAAUGAUUCCGGUGAUGCACAUCAUUGUUCGUGGUUUGGUGUCGAUUGCGACGCUCAAUUUAGGGUUUCAUCGUUGAAGAUUGUCGGUGGCGGCGGCAGCGGCAGCGGCAGAAGAGGAGGAGGAGGUAAAUUUAAUUAUGAUUUAGGCGGAGUUGUUGAUUGUUUUAAUGUUUCUAAGUUUCCGUUUUAUGGGCUGGGACUUAGAAGAAUAUGUGAUGCUAAGGUUGGGAAAUUGGGUGGGAAAUUGCCGCGUGUGAUUGUUGAAUUGAGAAAACUUAGGGUUUUGUCUCUUCCAUUUCAUGAAUUUAGUGGGGGGAUUCCGGGGGAGAUUUGGGGGUUAGAUAAUUUGGAAGUGCUUGAUCUAGAAGGGAAUUUAUUUUCUGGGAAGUUGCCAGUUUCGGUAAAGGGUUUGAAUAGAUUGAGGGUUCUGAAUUUGGGAUUGAAUAGGAUUGGUGGGAAGAUACCGGAUUCAUUUUCAGGAUUGAUUGGGUUGGAAUGGCUGAAUUUGGCUGCCAAUGAGCUUGAGGGUUUGAUUCCGGUUUUCGUUGCUGGUUUUCCGAGGUUAUGGGGGCUUUAUUUGUCAUCCAAUCAGUUAAAAGGGAAGAUUCCUGAUGCAUGGGGGAGGAGUAAUUGCCAGAAUCUGAAGUAUCUGGAUUUGUCUGGUAAUGAAUUGAAUGGAAAGAUACCAAUUAGCUUGGGGAAUUGUCAGAAGUUACGAGUUUUGUUGUUGUUUUCGAACGUGUUGCAAGGCGUUAUACCUCGUGAGUUUGGGCAGCUUAGGAAGCUCAACGUGUUGGAUGUUUCAAGGAAUAGCCUUAGUGGUGACAUCCCAUCUGAGCUUGGUAAUUGUCGGGACUUAUCAAUUCUUGUGUUGUCGAAUCUAGAGGAUCCAUAUUCAUCACAUGGUGCUGCAUUUGGUCAUAGGGAAAGCAAUCUCUUCCGAGGUUCAAUUCCCACAUUGCCAAAACUGAGAAUUCUGUCAGGUAUUGAAUUUGAGGGUGAGAUUUGUGACACCAUGAAUACAGAUAACAGCUGCAAAAGCCUAGUUUAUGUUGAUGUAAGCAGCGAAAAUGCUCCCAAAUUUACAUUUAGUGCCUGUGAUUCACAAAUUUCAAACUCUCGCCAGUUGAACCAUGGUCCCACUGCAUAUCUUUCAUUCUUCCUAAGUAGAGCUUGCUUGAGAACGAAGGCAAAGUUUCUUUUGGUCCAUCGAAGCAGAAAUGAUGAUGCCCAUAGUGUAGUAAAGAGACUUGAAAACGCAAGGUUACUUUCAGAACUCAACUCAUCAUUAGAUGAAACUGUUUCAUCCUCAAGUGUGCAGAGCAGUUCUGAGAAUCUGCAGGCUAAUGCAGCAGAAUCUCCAUCAGGAGAAGGAGAAAGAGAAUCUCAAAACCAGUUCAACUCGAUAGAGAUUGCGUCCAUUGCAUCUGCCUCUGUUAUUGUUCUUGUUUUGUUGGCACUUGUUAUUCUCUUCAUUUAUACAAGGAAAUGUGCUCCCAGAGAUAGUUAUAGGAUUCAAGUGUAUGAAAGAAGGGAGAUACGAGUUUUCACUGACAUUGGGGUGCCAUUGACAUUCCAGAAUAUUGUUAAGGCUACCGACAGUUUUAGCGCAGGAAACUGCAUUGGCUGUGGCGGCUUUGGAGCGACCUACAAGGCCGAGGUAUCCCCAGGAGUGAUUGUGGCUGUAAAACGGCUUUCUGUUGGAAGGUUUCAUUGCAUUCAACAGUUUGAUGCUGAAGUUAAGACCCUUGGAAGGAUUCGGCAUGCUAAUCUAGUUACACUCAUAGGGUACCACGCGAGUGAAACAGAGAUGUUCCUCAUUUAUAACUAUCUCCCUGGUGGUAAUCUGGAAAGGUUCAUCCAAGAAAGAUUGACAAAGUCCAUUAAAUGGAAAGCACUUCACAAGAUUGCAUUGGAUGUAGCACAAGCUAUUGCAUACUUACACGAUGAAUGCAAUCCAAGGGUUAUACACAGAGAUAUAAAACCAAGUAAUAUCUUGUUAGACAACGAUUACAAGGCUUACUUGUCUGAUUUUGGGUUAUCAAGGCUUUUGGAGAAUUCUGAAACACAUGCAACAACUGGUGUUGCUGGGACUUUUGGUUAUUUAGCCCCUGAAUAUGCUAUGACUUGUCGUGUGUCAGAGAAAGCUGAUGUAUACAGCUAUGGUGUUGUUUUGCUAGAGCUGAUAUCAGACAAGAAAGCAUUGGAUCCUUCGUUUUCCUCUCAUGGAAAUGGAUUCAAUAUCGUGUCGUGGGCGCAUAUGCUAUUGCGACAAGGUCGUGCAAAGGAGGUGUUUGCAGCAGGAAUAUGGGAGAGCGGUCCACAUGACGAUCUGGUGGAGGUACUACACCUGGCUGUAAAAUGCACUGUUGAUACGCUCUCAAUCAGGCCUACGAUGAAGCAAGCUGUUCAACUGUUAAAGCAGCUAAAACCAAUUGGCUAAAUUAAUUCAGGUAAAGUUUUAGAUUCCCAGUUUUGUAAUCAGCUAAUGGCUGCUUAUGUUAGUGUAUCUUCUUCUUCUUCUGUAUUUUACUUUAGUGCCAUUUUUAAGAGGAGAAUGUUCCUUUCCUUAGACUGUAGAUAUUACUAGUCUGUCUGUAUGUCUGUCCCAAGUAAAAGCUGUAAUGUAAAAGCCACAAUUACAAUUUGAGAGUAAUGUAACUUGGAUUGUUGCAGCAUAUAAAAAUGUACAUAUUUAUGAGAUUGAUAACAAUUUCUUUUUCUAGUCUUUA